AUGGUUGGCGUACCAGGACGGUCAAAAGCAUGCGUAACAUGUCUGAAGCGGAAGAAGCGAUGUGACCUGGAGAAACCGUUCUGCGGCACCUGUCGCAAAGCGCGCGUCGAGUGCGGGGGGUAUCACCGCCCCCGCAUAUUCAUCAACAACACUAUUGAGAACCAGAGCCAACUGGUUCUUAGAAAGAUUAAGGGCACAAGUGCUCGUACCGAUCGCGAGGAUAGUCAUGCUUCUUCCUUUACUUCCAAAGGCAGUGAUGUUGCUCUUCUGCCAGGGCUAGCGCGCUCCGCCUAUCAAGCCAGAUACAUGGACCUGUUCUGGCGAAUAUACCUACCCAACGGCGAGGCGCUGUCGGUUGAGGUGACACAGAUUGCAUUGGGCAAAUGGAUUGAUGCAAUCCUUGACUUGAAUGGCUCGGAGCCUGCGCUGAGGAAGGCGCUUCUAGCCAUGUCGCUUGCCACGGUGGGCAAGCAGGAAAACAAUCGAUACCUCAAGGAGGAGGGGCGGAGGCUUUAUACGAGUUCGCUGCAGGGCAUGGCAGUUGCAUUGAAGGAUCCACGGAGGGCAACUAGUGAUGCUAUUCUGACGGCUGUUCGGCUGUCUAGCUUUUUCGAGUCGUGCUUUGGCCAAAACGAUGGCGAGGUGACGCAGGUUCGCAGUUGGCAAGCGCAUAACGCCGGAGAUAUUGCGUUGAUCUCAGCGCGGUCUCCGUACUCAUUUAUAUCCGGUCAUGCCCAUGAUUUGUUCGCGGAUGGGCGGUCAAAUCUGGUGAGUUGCUUGCAAAGACCCAGUACAUCUGCAGACAUUAACAAUGCAGGUAAUGCACUACCUUCGCCAAAGGAAGAGAUGCUUCUUGGCCGACCCCGACUGGAAGACAAUACCCUGGCUCCAGCGAGACAAAAACCCCAGAGAUUACCUCAUGGACAUCCUGCUCGACCUGACUGGCCUGUUCGAAGAACUAGACAAUAUGAGAGCUCUCCCCGAGUCUGA